AACGAGCUUUGGAGGCCUCGGGGGCUUGGGGCGUCGGAUAGUGCGCGAGGUGGCCAGGGCGGUGUGCACCGGCGGAGACAAAGCGGAGGCGGUGGUUUGGUGGCGGCGGCAGCAGAAAAACCUUAAACACCGAAUUUCGUAUCGCAGAGUCCUAUCAUUCUACUCAGCGCGGCGCGCAGGCGGCGGCGGCGGAAGAGGCGGCGGCUGCGGAGGCGGCGGCGGCGGCGGCAGUGGCAGUGGCAACGGCAACGGCAGCACAUGGUUCCAAGAGCGCGCUGCGGUUGUUGGGUUCCAGUUCCGCAGGGAGGGACAAAGGCAACUGGGAGCUCUUGGCUACGCCCGUCUGGGUGGUUUAUUUGUCUCUGCCCGGUAUUUGGGGGCUGUGAAACCUGGGACUACUUUCUCUGCUAGAGAAGAAGCCACGCCACCGAGGAAAGGCCUAGGGCUGAGGUGGCUGAGGGGAUUGGGGGAGGGGCGCGGCCGGAUGAGGUGAUUUGUUCCAGUCAAUUGUGAGACGUGGUAGACCCUUGUGAGAUAAUUUGAGUCACCACUCUAUGGAGAUUGGGGCAGGACAGCAAGCCGAAUCUUUUCAGGUUUCAAGGGAGGAAAAAAAGCACCUCUUCUGGUUGAUACCAGGUGAACAAGAACUAGCGCCAUAUGCUUUUCAAAGAUCCGGUCUAGGGCCUGUUUCAGGAUCCUGUCGUCAUUGGGGGCGAAGACGUGAGUCCAUAUUCAGUUUUAUGAUAGACGUGGAUAAAUUUCCGGAUUGGUAAGUUUUGUGGUGAGAAAGUUAAAGGCAACAAAAGAGCUCGAAGAACUGUUAAGAUGAAGAAAUAACCGUCAGUGAGCUCAAUCACCGACUCUAAGACCAUUCGCUUCCGACUCGACCUGUCGAAACUUAACGCUGAAAGUUCUUUCCAAAAUACCAUGAUACAGAAGAUUUAAAACUACUUAAGAAAUCAGUUGAAGUUUUGAAUAUUGCCGAAUAUAUUUUAGAUAAUAGCUAAUUUGCUUCAGUAGUCCUUAAGGAACAGAAACAACCUUUACUGGACAGAUUCCUGAAUAAGGCUGUUCCACUGAGUGAAAGAUUCAAGUUGCCAUUGCAGUCAUGGCCUUCACGUAUUACAGUAGUCUGAAUCGAGCUCAGCUAACUUUUGAAUAUCUGCACACAAAUUCAACCACUCAUGAAUUUUUAUUUGGAGCUCUUGCUGAACUGGUUGAUAAUGCAAGAGAUGCUGAUGCCACCAGAAUAGACAUUUAUGCAGAAAGGCGAGAGGAUCUUCGAGGAGGAUUUAUGCUCUGCUUUUUGGAUGAUGGAGCAGGAAUGGAUCCCAGUGAUGCUGCCAGUGUGAUCCAGUUUGGGAAGUCAGCCAAACGAACACCUGAAUCCACCCAGAUUGGGCAGUAUGGGAAUGGGUUAAAAUCGGGCUCAAUGCGUAUUGGGAAGGAUUUUAUUCUCUUCACUAAGAAGGAAGAUACCAUGACCUGCCUCUUCUUGUCUCGUACCUUUCAUGAGGAAGAAGGCAUUGAUGAAGUGAUAGUCCCAUUGCCCACCUGGAAUGCCCAGACCCGGGAACCUGUUACAGACAAUGUGGAGAAGUUUGCCAUUGAAACAGAACUCAUCUACAAGUAUUCUCCCUUUCGCACUGAGGAGGAAGUGAUGAACCAGUUCAUGAAGAUUCCUGGGAACAGCGGAACAUUGGUGAUCAUCUUUAAUCUCAAGCUUAUGGAUAAUGGAGAGCCUGAACUAGACAUAAUCUCAAAUCCAAGAGAUAUCCAGAUGGCAGAGACUUCCCCAGAGGGCACGAAGCCUGAACGGCGCUCUUUUCGAGCCUAUGCUGCGGUGCUUUACAUUGAUCCUCGAAUGAGGAUCUUUAUCCAUGGGCACAAGGUGCAGACCAAGAGGCUUUCCUGCUGCUUGUAUAAGCCCAGGAUGUACAAGUACACGUCUAGCCGUUUCAAGACCCGUGCGGAGCAGGAAGUGAAGAAAGCAGAACAUGUGGCACGGAUUGCUGAAGAGAAGGCCCGGGAGGCAGAGACCAAAGCUCGGACAUUAGAAGUACGCUUAGGUGGAGAUCUCACGAGGGACUCCAGGGUGAUGUUGAGACAGGUCCAGAAUACUGCCAUCACCCUGCGCAGAGAAGCUGAUGUAAAGAAAAGGAUCAAAGAGGCCAAGCAGCGUGCACUCAAAGAACCUAAGGAGCUGAAUUUUGUUUUUGGGGUCAAUAUUGAACACCGGGACCUAGAUGGGAUGUUUAUCUACAACUGUAGCCGCUUGAUCAAGAUGUAUGAGAAAGUAGGCCCACAGCUGGAAGGUGGCAUGGCAUGUGGUGGGGUCGUUGGGGUUGUUGAUGUGCCUUACCUGGUCCUGGAGCCUACACACAACAAGCAGGACUUUGCUGAUGCCAAGGAGUACCGUCACCUACUGAGGGCGAUGGGGGAGCACCUGGCACAGUACUGGAAGGACAUUGCCAUUGCCCAACGUGGAAUCAUCAAAUUUUGGGAUGAGUUUGGCUAUCUCUCUGCCAACUGGAACCAGCCCCCAUCCAGUGAGCUGCGUUAUAAACGCAGGAGAGCCAUGGAAAUCCCUACUACCAUCCAGUGUGAUUUGUGUCUGAAGUGGAGGACCCUUCCCUUCCAGUUGAAUUCAGUGGAAAAAGAUUACCCUGACACCUGGGUUUGUUCUAUGAACCCUGAUCCUGAGCAAGAUCGAUGUGAGGCUUCUGAACAAAAGCAGAAGGUUCCCCUGGGGACAUUCAAAAAGGAUCCAAAGACACAGGAAGAAAAGCAGAAGCAGCUAUCAGAGAAAAUUCGCCAGCAGCAGGAAAAGCUGGAGGCCCUUCAGAAAACCACUCCCAUUCGCUCCCAAGCUGACCUGAAGAAACUGCCCUUAGAAGUGACAGCUAGACCUUCCAAUGAGGAACCUGCUCGGAGACCUCAGCGUCCUCGGUCACCACCCUUACCUGCUGUGAUCAAGAAUGCUCCAAGCAGACCACCUUCCCUGCAAGCUCCCAGACUAGUCAGCCAACCCCAAAAGGCUCCCAUUAUCAGCAAUCCCCCAAAGCCUCCUGCUCUGGUAGCCCGGGUAGAGGCCAGUACCUCCAGGCUGCUUCAGCCACCUGAGGCACCCCGAAAACCUGUGAACACUUCAAUCAAGAUUGUACCCAGGACCCCUUCUCUGGUGCAGCCACUGUCAUCAUCUCUACUGCCAAACUCUAAGAGUUCUCGGGAGAUCCCUGCACCCAAAGUUAUCAAGACUCCAGUAGUCAAGAAGCCAGAGCCACCUGUUAAACCCUCUCUGGCUACCACUGGUCGUAAGCGGAGUCUUGGGGUCUCUGAUGAGGAAGAAGCUGAAGAAGAGGCUGAAAGGAAGAAGGAGAAGUGUAAGCGGGGAAAAUUUGCUGUGAAGGAGGAGAAGAAGGAAUCCAAUGAGCUCUCAGACAGUGCUGGGGAAGAAGACCCAGCUGACCUCAAAAAGGCUCAGAAAGAUAAAGGGCUCCAUGUGGAAGUACGUGUGAACAGGGAGUGGUACACAGGCCGUGUCACAGCUGUAGAGGUGGGCAAGAAUGUGGUGCGGUGGAAGGUGAAGUUUGAUUAUGUGCCUACAGAUACAACUCCAAGAGACCGCUGGGUGGAGAAAGGCAGUGAAGACGUGCGGCUGAUGAAACCACCUUCUCCAGAGUAUCAAACCCCUGACACACAACAAGAGGAGGAGGAAGAAGAGGCUGUAGUGGCUCAGCAGGCUGUAGCCAUGGCAGAGCCCUCUACCUCUGACUGUAUCCGCAUUGAGCCUGACACUACUGCUCCAAGUACCAACCAUGAAACCAUUGAUCUCCUGGUCCAGAUUCUCCGGAAUUGCUUACGGUAUUUCCUGCCUCCUAGUUUUCCCAUCUCCAAGAAGGAGCUGAGUGUUAUGAAUUCAGAUGAGCUGAUAUCUUUUCCUCUGAAAGAAUACUUCAAGCAAUAUGAAGUAGGGCUCCAGAAUCUGUGCCAUUCCUACCAGAGCCGUGCUGACUCACGGGCCAAGGCAUCUGAGGAAAGUCUGCGCACCUCUGAGCGGAAGCUCCGUGAGACAGAGGAGAAGCUGCAGAAGCUGAGGACCAAUAUUGUAGCACUCCUGCAAAAGGUGCAGGAGGGUCUAGGGAGAACAAAGACAGGCCAGAUAAGAUUCCAGUUCUUGCUGCCCCACAUUCUGGUGGAGGAGACAGAGCUACUGAUGGACAUAGACAUCAACACAGACGAUGAGCUGGAUGCCUACAUCGAGGACCUCAUCACCAAGGGGGACUGAGGGGCUGGGAGCCAGAGAUCAGCUCCCUUGCCCACCUCCUCCCUCAACACAGAAGCUUCAGGGAGGGAGAUUUCAUUUAUGGGUUGAUGGACUUAACUUUUGAUUUGAUUCAUGUGAGAUGUUUGUGCUUUUGGAAGGACAAAUACCUUGAUUCUUUGAAUCUUCCUCCCUAAGUUUAUAAAUAUUUAUUUUUUAAAAAAAAGAGACUGUGCUUGCUGUGAGACCAUACUUUAUGACUUUUGGGUAAAGGAAUCUUUAUACUUCAGCCGUUCUGGUUGCCACUUCAGCUUAAAGGGAUGAUACCAGCAACAUCCUGAAUUUGGAGAGAUUUCCAGGGACGUCCAUGGUUUCUUUUCUAGAGGAUGAACAAUGGAGGAAUUUGGGGGAAAAGCGGGGGCAGGAAAGAGCCUCCCAGAAUGAUGUGACUAUUAAGGGCCUCAGAUCAGGGGACGCACACAGGAUUGGUCAGCAGGUUUAGCGUCAGAAAGAAUUUCCUUCUUGUAGCUCUGUCACCUCACUUCUAGGCUGUGAUGUCUGCAGUUAGCUCCAAGGAGAUACCAAGAGUCUUCCUGGCUGUGGCAUCACUCAGUUUGAGGAAGAAAGAUUUUGCUAGUUAGCCUUCCCAUUCUCACCCAAGUUCUCUCUGAAGAACUAAUUUCCUCAGUUAACCAUGAACUGUGAGGUUCCUGCCUCAGCUUGAGUCCAGGCUGAGUAGACAGCUCCAACUGGUCAGCAUCCUGACCUGGGUAGCACUUUGUGUGUUUAAUUCCAAAGGAUUCCUCGGAAGGAGCAGGUGUAUGAAAGAACCUUGGUACUGAGCUGGCAGAACUCUCCAUCUGUGGCUACCUCAGAUGAUACAGGUCCCUGGAGAACUUGCUACUAUUUUUCUACUUCCCUUUGCCUAGCUCCACCAACGUGUGGCACAGCCCCUACUCCUAGGCAGUCAGAAGGACCUAUUCAUUUUUAGGGUCUUCAGUGGCGGCUCUGCAGGAAGCUCAUGUCACCUUCCCUCCCUGUCAAGUCACAGCCUCAGAAGCCGUGCUCUUCAGUAACUACUCAGGGUCAGGCAAGAGUUGCUGAGUUUUCUCUAAUGGCCAUUGUUAGAAUUCUGGUUCUAUUUUCUGCAGCUUUUGUCUCAUUCCUAUUGGUGGCCUCUGAAGGCAUAAGAACUGUGGCUUGGUAUCACUGAUUCAAACUUUCUUGGGUGUGUUUUCACCAUUAACCUAGCCCAGGUCAGCAUUGGCUAUGUUGCUGCCCAAUGAUGUCAGCAGAAGAUAAAGAAGCAGUGAUGAGGGACUCAGGUCACACUGGAAUCCAGUCUUUCUCCACUUAUACAUGUGGCUGGAAGCACCUAUGAUUGGUAGAUUCUGGCUUCCCAACCAUAUCUGCAGGAGAGGAUUAUUUGGGGAAAUACCACUCAGAAGUAGUCUUUCUCCUCUGGAACAUUCUCCAAGAGACUUGGAAUUCUCCAUCUGCUGUCAGUUCACCCCAGAAAUGCAUUGUCCAUUUUUGUCCUCAAACUUGUUUUAAUCUAAAAGGAAGAUAAUUCUGUGUUUUUACUUGAGUCACACUCAAGUGUUUCACUUACAUAUGUGAUCAAAAUGCAAUACAGUAAGUCCCCAAUUUAUGAACGUUCAAAUUGGAAACUUUCACAGGUAUAAAAUGGACCUCAUGAACAUUUGUAGGUACAAACAAAUUGUGGAAGUAGCUCGUGUGUCUGCUGGACAUUGUCACAGUUGUAUUGCCUACUGUACAGUGUGCUAGUAUACAGUAGUACAGUGCUCAGAGCCCAGGAUGUCUGGAAGCAAUAGGAAAAGUAGUGGCGAUGUGGAAGGAACUGCUAGGAAGCACAAAGCAAUAAGCAUGGAAACGAGUGAAAAUAUUUGAGACUGGAUUAAGGCAAAAAGAUGGUAGAUGUCCCUUGUUCUUUUGUGUGUGUGUUUUAUGCUUUACAUUGUAUAUUUGUGUAAAAGAUGUAUAAAACUCACUUUGUGGGACUUAGGAAUAUGACUUAAUGAAUAUUCCCCAGGAAUGAAGCUGGUUCAUUAAGUUGGGAACUUACUGUAUUACAACUUCUCCUGGUGAGACUUCUGAACUUAGUUUGUGUUCUCAAUGAAAACCAGCACCUUCCAGCUCUUGUUUUUAUCCUAUGGCUUUAACCAGUCUUCAAUGUCAUCUUUAUCUUUACCAUCUUUAUUGUUUGUGCUUCACCUUCCUUAACACAGAAAUAGACUAAAUUUCUUGACUUCUGGGUGUGCUUUGCUGAACAGCAAACUCCUGGUAAAGAUGGGAUGGGCUACAAAAUGCAAAGCUCUCCCUCUCCUGUCAGCAUCACGAGACAGUUGACUGGCAUGGACCUGUCCGGCAAUAUGAAAGGAAGAAGAAAGUCUGGCUUAUCUGUGAUAGGAUCCUUAGCCCAAUGGUGCAAGAAAGUGAGGGCAGUAAUCUACUGAAGGAAGGAGAGAUGAGGAUUUUGAUUGGCUGUUUUUUUUUUUAAGUAGUGUGUACAUGGUUUUAAAAAUUGUGAGCCAGGCAUGAUGGCACAUAACCUAUAAUCCCUGCCCUCAAGCUGGAUCAUGAAGAGCAAGACUUCCACCCAAUUCCCAAAUUCUCUUGAGUGUAUCUAUCCUAAGUGCUCAUGCACACACACACACACACACACACACACACACACACACACACACAUUCUAUUGUUUUCCAGUAAAUUUUAGAACCUGUUUCAGAAUAGUCCAGAAGGGUCUACUUACUCUUCUGAACAACCACAGAGCGUAUCACUGUUCUGGAUGUAUUCUUGUCUAAUAUUCCCUUAUUUGUGAAUAUUUGGGAGGUUUCUAAGAUACAGAAAAACUACCGAGUAUAGUUACUCAUUAACUUAGACCUAUAUUUACAAAGGGUAAAUUAUAAAAAGGAAAAUAGGUAUCAGUACAUUAAAAAUUUUAAGCUAUACUGCCACAUUACUUUGAAGGAAAAACUUCAAAUGCCAACUCUGAACAGUGGCCCACCCACAGCUUGCCAAUAUGUAUGUAGGUCUUUACUAAUUGUGUAAGUUGAUGGAUUGGAGUCCAUUUGAAUUAAUGAGGUUAAAUAUCUUUAUUGGCCAGUAGUUUCUCUUCUGCUACAUGGCAAUAGUUAGCUCUAAAUUUUGGGUUAGGGAACUUUUUGUAAAUAAGAUGUAAAAAAUAAGGUGCAAAAUCCUCAGGAAAAUCUACCUUAUAGGACGACUCAGCCCCUAAAUGCCCCAGGGGUUUUUGAAUUAAAAAGCCCACUUCUGUCUAUUACUGGGUCAGGACAAGGAUAUGACAUUCUUGUUUACUAAAAGAAAUUAAAGAUUAAUAAUGGGCUUAAAAAACUGCUUCCUUAAUGUGUCCUAGCAACUCUGUCUUUUUUGCCUUGUUAGGUCUACUCUCCUUGCUCCUUUGUGAAUUUUGAAUCCCAAGAUUGAAGUAGCACUGCCCAAGUAGCAGCUGUGUGGGCCAGUGUCAAGUCUGAUAGCUUCAAACUUUUCCCACUUACAUAGAACUCAGGCCUUGACCUGAGUGCUUUGCUUCCACUUAUUGCUUGUUUCAGUUAGGUCAUUUGCAGCUGAGUUACGAUUGUGAGGGAUCUAUUGACAAGUCUCCAAGGUUCCUAAAACAUUCCAAGAAUUCCACUGUAGGGAUUUGGCCUUUCUUGGAAAUGGAACUGCUGAGGCUUCCUAUGAAUGGCCAUAUAGAUUUUGGUUCUUGGCACAGUUUUGCAGCCAUCUUGGACAUGGAGGAGGCAGAGAACUCCAAAAGAAUGUGCCUUCAGACUCGUUAGUUUGGAUUCUGCUGGAGGUACCCUUUCCAUAGUGACAGGAAAAGGACCUGGCAAAGCACACGCUAAGAUGUUUCUAGACCUGCUUUUCAGUUUAGCUGUAAUCAUUCAGUAACUUGCUAUCCAUGAAACAGACCCAAUCAUGGCCAAUGGUGGAUCCAGUAAAAACAUUCCUUCCUGUUUUCAGUAUCCCAGACAAGUCAUUCCAUUUUGGCUGUAGUUCCUCUAAAAUGAAGGGAUUGGACGAUGGUAGAUAUUUUCCAGUUUAGCUCCAGAGCCAGGUCUCCAUCUGAAAUUUAUCCAGCCCUGAAUAGCCAGUGAUAGUGGAGCUACUCCGGUUGAAUCUGAUUGGAGGUUCAUUGCCUCUUGCUGUCUCAACCUCCAGUCCUUACUUGGAAGAUUCCCUAAUCUCUACUUAGUUGUAGGCCUUCAGGUGCUUACUAGUGACCCCUGUAGGGAUACUGUGCAUUUUCCAGGGCUACCAUUAUGGCCUUCUAAACAUUUAGCCCGGUGCAGUAUCCUACAAGGAUGAAGGCUGGACUUCCAAGCAGCCUCCCAUCUGGCCUAUAAUGCCUAUGAUAUUUUUCUCAGUAGCUGCCAGUCAAGGUCUUGACAAAUGGGACAUAAACUUGGACAAACUUACACCAGUGAGAGGGUAAGGAACCAGCAGACAUAUCCAGCCUCCUCUCGUGUACCUUCUAGAUUGCUGAGAUAUUUCCAAGGGUCCCCAGUGGCUGUAGAUUUCUCCCCAAACUGGCCAACUCUCAUCUGCUAGUGUCUUACCGUCCUACAUCCUCCAUUGAAAGUUCUGAGCUCUCGAUCCCCUCCUAAUGCCUGGCAAGUUAGACCAAUCAAGCCUGGGUUUUGGACACCCCAGUGGUUAAGGAAGUUGAACUACUCAUGGUUAAUCAUCAGCUACCGCAGUACAACACAUGCCAGAGGAGUAAUUGUAAAUUCUUACCUGACCCAGAUGAAGCUAGCACUACCGCACUCUGGAGGUUUCGCGAGUGGCCGAUGUCAGCGCUAUCCGUGUACUGGCCAACGGUAGUUUUCCAAAUAACGCCCACCGCAGCCCAGAAUCUUAAGCUAGGCCCAACUGCGCAUGGGCAAUUAUUGCUAAGCGCGCUUGGAGCUUAUGCGCACUCACGGACGCUGGGUCUCGAACGUUUCCACACGCGGUUAUUUCAGGACUGGGGCGUCCCUACCCGAAGCAGAAGAAUGAAGGCCGCCUAAUCCCCUCGGGUCUGCCUAGUCAAGUUCAGAGUAGAAGUGAAACCUUUUCCUUCAAUUAUUUCCCAAGUUUUUGAGAGGCUAUUAGAGGUUUUGUUUGUUUGUUUUUGGACAGGUGCCUUUUUUGGCUGGGUGUCCUUAUUUUUGCAAGGUAGAAGACUUGGACAGAGGCUGCUUGUUUUUUCCUUUUCUCAUAAAGGAUCAACUUGUGUGCCAGCCUGUGAGCCUCUCUCAGGGCCUAACCUGAGAGGUCUCCAGGUUUCACAACGCUCAUUUUCUACGGGUUUGCCCUUGCCUUGGUUUGCGAUAUUUGUUGAAAGGUAAGCAUGUUUUAGGUUUGUGUGUUUUCUGCCAUGCUGAGGAAGAUCUACCCUCUUUUCACCAGUGCUUCUGCCGCAGUGUUAAUUUUUCUGUUAACCUUCAAUCCCAAUGGAAUGUAUUUUAGUCAAAACCACAAGCAGGAAUCAAACUUUGUCGUCCUCCCACCCUCAGGUGGAAAUUCACUAAUGCUUUAUGAACCAUUUGAGCUGUUAUUUAUAUUUCCUUGUGUUUGGUUUGAAUCGGGUUAGAGGCACCUCUUAGGUAAGUGGAGACAUCGGGUCGUUACUUGCACAGGUGAGUGUGAUGUUAAAGCUGUAGCUGAAACUAAUGUUGGCAAUCCUCAGCAUCUAGAAGGAUCACUUAAAAAAACUUUUCAGGCUAUUAGUAUUCUCUCAUCAAAUUUUAAAUUGCUUAAUGCAAUUCUCUUCUAUACUCAUCUUUUUUUUUUUACAAGUUUCAUUGAGAUUUUAAAUUAUAAUUGCUUUAAAUGUAAAUGUUUUGAGAAUGUUGACAUUUUUAUGAUAUUAAAUCUUCCCAGAGGAUAUGAAAUGGUUUUCCAUUUGUUCAAGACUUCUUUUCUGUCCUUCAGUAAGAUUUUAUAAAUUCUUCAAGUGGAUUCUAUAACUUUCUUGGCCAGUAAGAUAUUUUUCUCAUUCAGCUUUUUAUAACUUAAUGGUUAUAAAAUUUACUCCUGUUUUUGUGAGUUGUUGCUAUUGUGUUGGUAUACUUUUUUUCUAGUGUUCACUGAUUAUUAAUAUGGAGAAAAGCUGUUACAGACACUGGCAGUUGUAAAACUAAAGCUGUGUUUUGUUUUGUUUUUUAGAGAGACUGCUUACAAAUUUGCCAUUUAGUUUUACUUAGGAACUCUGAAACAAUGUUACAUCACUCCUGAUCUUGUUUCUGAUGUGACUGAGAUCUGCAUGUGAAGGUUGAGCAGGUUGUUUAGCUAUUGCUUUGGGUAAAUGGCCUUUGAAGUGUUUACCUGUAUCUUGGGACCUCUGAACUCAUAUGUAGCUGCUGUCCUACUUGAGUGUAACCAACCCCAGAUGGCAGCACUAUGCAAAAUGAAAUGUGUGUUAUGUCCCCUGGAGACUGGCUGAAUUUUGUCAAGUGCCUUUUCACCAUCUGUUUAACAAGCAAUAUGGAAAUGAACAAUUUUUUCCCCAUGUAUUUACCAGCCAUUUGUACUUCUUUGAAGAAGUCAGUUCAUUUGCCCAUUUACUGGGCAUUUUUAUGGUUUCUUUUUUAGUUGUUUAUUCUGAAAAUUAAUCUUCAGAAGAGUAGCUGGCAAAGAUUUUCUCCCAUUCUGUAAGCUGUCUCAUGGCUGUGUCCCAUCCUUAACUUUGAGAAGCUUUUUAUAUGCAUGUCUGAAUCUGCCAAAACAGAACCCAUUAAUCUAUAUAACAAAUAUGCACUAAUAACAAAAGAAUAAGACACAAUAAGUCUAGUCUGUCUCUAAAAAUCAAUUUUAAAAACCUUUAUGGUAUUUUCUCCUGUAAACCAUUAUUUUAUUUUUAUUAGACAAUAGCCAUAAAGGUUUACAGCAUAAAGCACUUACAAAUUAGGAAGAUACAUAAGUGUUAUCAUCCAGCUGGUAAAUUCUUGUCUUAGACCAGAUAGAAUUACAAGGCAAAGAGUCAAGAGAGGACUGAACAAAAAUAUUUAUUAUAGAACAAGUUCAGAAAGCAGCAAUUAUUGUAAAGCAAAAUCAAAUGGUUCUCAGACAAAUGAACCUAGGAGGGGCCUGAAAGGGUUAUCCAAGGGACUCUUGUCUAGGCUUUUUUUUUUUGGGUCAAGGGGUUUUUAUACCUAAAAUGAUACAAUCAGGAAAGUGUGAUGUAGAAGUGGGCCUAUAGGAGUUUGGGGUAGGUAGCAGGUGUUCUUUUGUAAGUACCAUUAAUUGUAACUUUAAACAGAACAAAGAUAUUUUUUACAGAGGUAUGGAUAUUUUAUUUUUGGACAUGAAAAUUUUGUAAAUCCAUUGAGGCUGUUGUUUGUUGACCCUGAAGGUGUCUGUUCUUGGUCGUUGGAUGUAUCUUUCAUGGAAUCUGUCUUUGGCGUGGCCCCUGGGCUAUGUCUAUCUCCAUUUGCCAGGAUCAGGCUCGCAACCUUUACAUGUACACAAAUUUCCAAGCUACACCUCACUUUUUUUUUUUUCUUUCUUGUCUUUUUCCUUUUUAUCGGUACCAGGGAUCGAACUCACGACUGCCUGCUUGCAAGGCAGGCGCUUAUGCUGCUGAGCUAAAUCCCCAGCCCUCUACACCUCACUUUUAAAAGUGAGUCAAUUUAUGGCCGUUAGCUAUCUCCUGGAAGUUGUUGUCCUUUUAUGAAUUAUAGUUAUGAAUUUCUUGUCGUCUUUUUACCUUUUUUCUAUCCUACUUACAAGGAGCACCCAUCUCCUGAUUUAUUAUUGUAACUUUAUAAAUUCCUAUGGUCUUUCUUGAAUCCCUUUCCUCCCUGCUCAAAGUUAACCCACAACCUGAAUAAAGAUCAUGUUAUCUUAAUAACUGUUUUGCUGUGCUGCUUUUGAACUUAGACAUAACAUUUACUAUUUUGCAGUCUGCUUUAUAUUUCCACUGCUAUGUCUCCAACAUUCAUCAUGUUGUUGGGUGUGGGUGUAAUGUAUUCAUUUUUCACCACAGUAUGGAACAAAAUGGAUUAUACUGACAAUUGAACCUGGCUUUUUAAAAAAACCUAUGCUUCUGUAAUUGGCACUUCAGCUGAGUAUUGAUUGUUUUUCUUUUUUCUUGAGAGCAGCUGUGAACAUUCUUGUUUAUUUCUUCUGUACCAUGUAGGAUAUUCUCCAUAGAGUGUAAUCAUUGAAGUAGAACUGCAGUCAUAGAUCAUGCCAAAUUUUUUCAGAAGUAGUUGUAUCAAAUUUCAUAACCACUGGCACUGUAACUAGGUGUAUAUUUCAUUUCUCCACUUCUUCCCCAAGAGUAUUGCUAGACUUGAAGUUUUUACUAAUCUGUUGGCUAUAGAGUGGUAUCUCAUUGUGGCUUAAUUUGCAUUUUCCUGAUUUCUGUUGUGAUUAAACACCUUUUCAUAGGUUUAUGGAGCAUUUAGUUAUUUUGGUAAAGUGUUUGACUUUUGGCUUAUUUUUUUUUAGUCUUUUACUUGACAUUUUUGUAUAUUAUGGAUACAGAUUCUUUAUAAGUUAUCCGUGUUACAUAUUUCUUCCUUCACUUUUCAGUAUGUCUUUUGUUACUCACAUUUUAGAGUCUUGAUGAACAGAAAUUCUUGAUUUUAAUGUAGAUGUAUCAGUUUUUUUCUGCAUAGAUUUCCUUACUUAAGGAAUUUUCCCUACCCUGAGUUCAUGAAGAGACUAUUUUAUCUUACAUAUACAGAUUUUUAAUUCACCUAGAAUUGACUUUUGUGUAUGGUGUGAAGUAAGCCCUCCCCUCCCUCUUCCCUCUUUUCACCUUCCCUCCUCCUCUUCUCCCACUUCUUGGUUAUCCCCAUGACCUUAUUUGGAAAAUUUUUUUUCUUUAUAGUGCUGUUUCUGUAGCUUUGUCUAAUGUCUUUAUGCCGUACUGAUUUAAAUAUUUAUAGUUUAUAUUUAAUAGUCAGUUUUUCCACUUUUUUCUAAACUUCAGGAUUUAGUUAUUUAUAAUAUUUUGUAUUUCCAUAUAAAUUUUAGAAUCAUCGAGCUCCAUGAGAAAAACCUGUGAUGGUUUAUUGGAAUUAUUUGCCAUCAGUUUUUUUUUUUUGCCAUCAGUUUAAGAAGAAACAAUGUCUAUGUAAAUCUUCCUAUGUAGAUGGUAUAAUUCUCGCAUUAAUUGAGAUCCUGCUUUACUAUCAAAUACUAUUUUCCUUUUAGGUAUCUUGUAUUGUUUGAUGUAUCUUAUUAUCCUAUCUGUAAGUUCCUUUGGAUUUUCCAUAUGAUGUCAUCUGUGAGUAGUGGUAAUUUUUCCAAUUAUCAUACUUCAUAUAAAUAUUUUUCUUGCCUAAUGGCAUUGGCUCUGACUGUUGUAUACACAGGGUGAAAGUGGGCAUCUAUUUUUUGUUCUCUGUCUCACAAGCAAAGAAUAUAUGUGUAGAGAUAUAAAUCACACUGUAGAAAUUUCAUACCUGUUUCUAAUUUUUUUUAAUAUUAUUGGAUAUAUGCUGAAUUUUGCCUAAAGUGUUUUCUCUGAGAUGAACAAAAUGGUCAUCCAUUGAGAUGACCAUGUAGUGUUUGCCAUUAGUUUGUUAAUUACAUUUACUAGUUUUGCUCAGGGUAAACUAAUCUUGCAUUUUUAUAAUAUCAUGAUUACUUUUACAUAUUGUUCGAUUUGUUUAUAUUUUGAAUUAUAACAUUAUGAUUGAUACUACUUUGUAAGUUUCGCUUCUCAUACUGUCCUUGUCAGGUUUUGAUCAGGUUUGCUAGUCUCAAAAAAUGAGUUUGAGAAUAUUACUUCUUUUCCUGUACUCUUUAAAUAGUUUCUGUAAAACUGGAGUUAUUUCUGCAUCAUUUGUGUUUGGAGUUUUGUAUAUGUGUAUGUAGAAUUUGUAACUAAUUUAAGUUUUGAAAAAAGUGGUUGUAAUGCUAGAAGAUUUUUCUAUAUUUUUACUCAUUUUAUUUUUUGAAAGAAUUUACCCAUUUUAUGUUUCUAAACAUUAUCAGAGUUGUUCAUAAUAUCCUCAUUUUAUAAGGUAUCUAGCAUGUUUUUAUGUCCCUUUUUUAUUACAAACUUUUUUUUUGCUUAUUCAGCUGUUCCUUUGCUCUGAUAGAUAAUGCCAAUUUUUAGUUUUUCAAAGAAACUUCAGCUUUAUUUGUCCUUUUUAUAUAGUCCUCCCUUAAAUCCAUAGUCUUUGCUUUCCAUGGUUCCAGUUACCCACUGUAAUUUGUGGUCUGAAAUAAUAAAUGGAAAAUUCCAUAAAUAAAUGGUUGACAAUAUGGUUUUAGAAAACUUUUAUUACAGUAUAUUCAAAAGUGUCCUGUUUUAAUAUUAAUCAUUGUUAAUCCUUACUGUGUCCAAUUUAUAAGUUAAACUCUAUCAUAGGUAUGUAUGUUUAGGAAACAACAGACUAUAUAUAGAUAGACUUUAGUACUACCUGUGGUUUCAGGCAUCUUUUAUGGGUCUUGAAACAUAUCCCCUGUGGAUAAGAGGAACUAUUAUAUUUUCUAUUUUGUUAAUAUCUGAUUUUAUCUUUAAUUUAUCCUAAUGUUCAUUUUCUUGCUCAAAUUGGGUCUUUAGUUGAUUUUUUUAGUCUGGUUUAUUUUAUUUUAAUUUAAGUUUUUUGAGACAGGGUCUCACUAUGUAGUGCAGGCUGGUUUUGAACCCCAUUAUAUAGCCGCAGCUAGCCUCAAACUCAUUGCCUUAUCCUUCUGCCUCAUUAUUCUGAGAGCUGACAUUACAGGCGUGUACCACCACACCUUGCUGGUUUAAGGUUUUUCAUGCUUUUUAUUUCUCUCUAAAUACUGCUUUACAUGUAUCCAAUAGGUUUUUAUAUAUAGUAUUUUAAUAAUAUUUUAUUUCUAUUAUUUUUAAUUUAUUCAUAUAUUUAUUAAUGUUCUAAUACUGUUUUUCUAAUUGUUUUUGUUAUUGAUUUUGAAUUGACUUCAUUGUAGUAUAGGAAUAUAGUUUAUAUACCAAUUCUUCGAAAUUUGCUGAGAUUUUAUGAGUGGCCCCAGAGGCUGGGGAUUUAGCUCAGCGGCAUAAGCACCUGCCUUCCCUGCAGGCGGUGGUGAGUUUGAUCCCUGGUACCGAUAAAAAAAAAAGAAGACGAAGAAAAAUGAAUGGCCCCAAAUAUGAAAUUGAUGUUCAGAAAUGUUUCACUUGUAUUUCAAAAACACAUAUUCUGCAAUUAUCUAUAAUGUUCUGUGUGUCCCUGUUAUAUCAGAUUUGUUCUUUGUGUUGCUUGAACCCUUACUGAUUUUUUUUUUAAUUCUUAUUACUGGGAGAGAUAUAUUAAUAUUUUUCAUUAUGAUUAUGGGCUUCUUGUGAUUGUGUCCAUUUUAGUUUGUAUAUUUUGGGAUGUUGUUAGAUGCAGAGCUUUAUGAGUUUUACCUUUUAUCAUUUUUUUAAAGAAAUAAUUUUUAUUUUCUUGAGGCAAUGUCUGGUAACAGAAAUUGAACUCAUGACGUCAUGCUUGCCAGGCAGGUACUGUGCACUGAGCUAAAUCCUCAGCCCAUCCUUUAUUAUCGCAUAGUGACUUCUUAAAUUUUCUAAUAGUUAACAUCCAGUAAUAUUUUUUGCCUUUUGUAUAUUUAUAUUUUUGUAAGUAGCAUAUAGCUUUGUUUUUAUUCAAUUUUUACCUGAAGUAUUUACUGAAAUUUUAUGUAAUUAUCGAUUCUUGUUUUAUCUCUCAUCUGUUGUUGUUCCACUGUAUCUUCAUUCCUUUCACCUUCCUUUCCUACCUUUUUUUUAGACUGAGAUUUUUCUUGCCUUCAUUCAAUGUUCCUUUACUGUUCUGGAAAUUUAGUAUUCCUGUUCCUUUAAUGCUUAUUAGUUUUACAUAAUGCAUAAUUCAUGCUAGAUGUGAUAGAGUAUGCCUCUAAUCCCAGCAUUUGGUUGUUUUUUUUUUUUUUUUUUUUUUUUUUACCAGGGAUUGAACUCACAACUACAGGUUUGCAAGGCAGGCACUUACGCUGCUGAGCUAAAUCCCCAGCCCACUUAAAUCCCUGGCCCAAUCCCAGCACUUGGGAGGCUGAGGCAGGGUCAGCCUGGGCUACAUAGGGAGUUCAAGGCCAGCCUGAACAAGACUUUGUCUCCAAUAAAUAUAAAUACAAAUAAAUUCAUCAGACACUAAUGCCAUAGGAUACUGUUUUUAACAUCUUUGCUAAUCCUCAUUUUGCUUUUGUUCCUAGAAAAUAUUUUGAUUAGAAAUACUAAAAUUUUAUCCUCUGCUUUCAAGAUAACCAUUUGUGUCUUCUGACUUCCUUCAGAGGUCAACUCUCAGAUUAACUGAUGCUCUUUGAAAGUCAUCGUUUUUUGAAGGUCAUGUUUUUCCCUCUCCAGUCCAACCACAUUUGAGAUUUUAUGCUUACUGGCCCUGUAAUUUCACUAUAUUGUAUUUAGCUAUGUGGUGCAUUUUUAUUUACCCUCGUUGAUACUUGUGCUUGCUUUGGCAGCACAUAUAUCUUAGUUGGAAUUUGUUGAGCUUAUUUGUAUUUUUCAUGAGUUUUUGGAAAUUUUUAGCCACUAACUCUUCACAUUCUGCUUCUUGUUCUAUUUAUUUAAACAAAAUUUUUUUCCUUCUGAAACAGAUUUAGACACAAGUGGGAUCUUCUAAUUUUAUCCUUCAUGUCUCCUAACUUUUUGUAUUUUUCACCUCUUUGUGUCUUCUGGAUUUCUUCAGAUGUCACUUCUGUAUCACUAAUACUCUCUUCAGCAGUAUAAGUUUUGUUACAGUAUUAUUCACCAUUUUUAGUGAUAUAAAUUUUUUCCUGGAAAUUUAAAAUUUUUAUAAUAAAUAUGUUAAAAUGCCCAUCUGUUUCUAGAAAUAUAUGAAACAUGCCUAUUUUCUAUUCUGUGAUAAUUUCACUAGUUUUUAUGUCUGAUUCUGCCAUUUGUUAUUUCUGGUGGCCCUUGCUUUUCCAUAUGUGCUUAAAAUUUUUAGGCUGUGAAUUGCUCAUUUUUCAUGCAACUUCGUAAACUGGGUUUCAUUAGGGCCUGGAAUGAAGAGGAAAUCCUCCCAAGGGGACUGGUUUUUUUCUCUGAGGUGACUGAAAACACUACCAAUUUAGGAUUAUUUUAGAGUUUCUGCUAGGGGUUUUGUUGUACUAUUCAGGUGGUGUGUAGUUGGGCUGCAAAAAAGCAACUACUCUUUUAGGAACAAGUUUUUUCUCCGCUCUUCUCAGGACCAUCACUUAUUCUGGAUUUAUCAUUAUACUGGAAGUAUAACUCUUUGGGGACCCACCUUUACAGGAGACUCCCCAAAAGGUGCUUUACCUUGGGAAAGUCUUCUAAAGCAGUAAAAACUUAUAGUAAGGCUUCCUGAAUCAGUAAAUGAUAAGUAUUUCUUACAUUCUUUCUAGCUCAUGGAUGCAUUUAAGAUUUUAAAAAUUUUAUUUAUUUAUUUUUGUCUUUUUCUUUUUUAUCGGUACCUGGGAUUGAACUCACGACUGCCUGCUUGCAAGGCAGGUGCUUAUGCCGCUGAGCUAAAUCCCCAGCCCCUUAAAAAUUUUAUACAGUGUAUUCCACAAAGGAAUAUUUUGUAGAACUGGUCUACUACAUUACUAGAAAGGGAAGUCUUAACUGAUUAGGGUAAAGAAUGACUUAUAAUGGAACGCUUCCUGAAUUGACCAUUCAUUAAUUUCCAUAUCAAACCCACUUGGACACAUCAUUUUAGAGUAUCAGUCUUUUGUGGUUGAAUUCUAUUUGCUUUUGUCUUAUUUGGAUUUAUGAAUAUUCUUUUUUUAAAAAAUGAGUUUGGGGGGCUGGGGAUUUAGCUUAGUGGCAUAAGCACCUGCUUUGCAAGCGUGAGGUCAUGAGUUUGAUACCCAGUACAAAACAAAAAAACCCAAGUUUGGACUGUACAUUUCAGCACUGUCUUUAUCAGAUUUUGUUACAGUUAUACACUGCUAGCUAGCUUCAUGCUUUUUGCUUUUGUUUACUGGGUUUCAUCUUGAAAUUUUUCUCUCCGGUGUCUUGUCCCCCCUUCUCACAUGCUGAGUCCUAGCUCUGCAGAUAGGGGACCUUAGGUGUCCUAUUUCUCUUUAGAGAUUCCUUCAGACCCCUGCCCAAGUCUGCAGGCAUAGCUUGUUUAACUCUAGUGAAGGAAACAAGUUUCUUGGAUUCCUCAGUUUAGUUCCUCCCUAAUUAUAUCUCUCAGGAUCUUUCCCAGCCUGAUACUAUUGCUCUAGCUGGUCUUCCUGUCCUAAAUUCAUUAGUCAGCUGUUUACUAAGCUCCUAUUUUGUGCCAGGGACUGGGAAAUGUUACAUUGUACGAGACAAGAUUCCCAUUUCAUGAAGCUCACAAUCCCUUGUAGUUAAAGGGCUGGGUGGGGGGAGGCGGAGGACACGAGUAUGUUAAAUAUGUGGUUAUGUCAGUUUGUGGUGAACACAGUGCAGAAAAAGGGAGUCAUUUAUAACUUUCUAGUUUGUUUGGGUAUCAGCAGGUCUACACUGCCCCCUUCCUAUCCUGUGAGUUUUAAAAAACUGUUCAGAAAAAAUUUAGCCUUUUCUGUGCAAUUAUUCUCCUGUCAGCUUGUCAAAGUUUUGACCUAUACUAUAGUGGUACAGUUUUAAUAGGAUUAUGUUGAAUUUGUAGAUUUUUAAGCUGACAUAACUGAGUUUACCCACUAGCAAUGAGAGCAUUUUCCUGUAAAUUCAGAUCUUUUUGAUUAUAGUCAUAAUGGUCUUUUAUGUAUUGUAUUUUUGUUGAAUGUAUCUGUGACCCUUUAUAGCCCAUGAUUUUUGUUUUUGUUUGUUGAGAGGCUAUGUAGUUUAGGCUGGCCUUGAAUAAAUUCAUUGGCCCAGGCUGGCCUCAAACUCAGCAGUCCUGUCUCAGCCACCCAAGUCCUGGGAUUACAGGUAUGUGCCACUAGGCCCAGCUAAACAUUUUUGUGUAUUUUAUUCACUGGUGGCUGGUAUAUAGUGUGGUUAUGUGCUGAUCAGAGUGGUCCUUCCAUGUUGCCCUAAUGUCAGAGCUCUACCUGUCCAGUGCUUUUCAGAUUCCUAACUGCCUUAGGGGGCUGGCCUUUGUCAACUCUGGGCUUUGUCUGUACAGCCUGUCCUCUCCCCAGCGCUCUCCGCCACAUUCCAAUGAGCACUGCCUCUCCAGCUCUUUUGCUGGGACUCCAGUGGCCACCUCCUCACGGAUGGGGAAAUAAGGUUGAGGGAGCGCCAUAGGCCAGCCCACUAAGCUGGAGCAACAAGGCAUGAUGAGAGCCUGGCUCUCAUCCUCUUACCUGGAAGUACUGGCUGUGGGAGGUGACUCAGUAUACAGACCACCAGCUGCUCAUGCUGGCUUUUAUUAGCUAGCGAUCUCAGUUGGUGGACAAUAGAAGUAGCCCAGGUCAGGAAUGUCAAGCAAUGUGUAACUUACCAGGCCGGGCCUUCACCCUUUGUCUUCCUCACUUUCCUCAUUGCUGAGACACAGUAUCCAACCCUCACAACUUAAGGGAGGAGAGGUUUAUUUUGGCUCACAGUUUCAGAAGUGUGGGGGUGUUGGUCAAUAUGAGAUGGAUAUGCAGACAAGGGGACUUUUGGAGCCACACAUCCAAAACCUCCCAGAACACAUGAUUAGAGAUUAAAAGAUAGCCUACAGGGCUGUAAAUCCAAGUAGGAUCAAAACACACUGCCUUAAGAAAUGGAAGCUCUGGCCCUCUCUUCCCCAUACUCAUAAAUUGGAGUGAUUUAUGACUUAUCUAAGUCAUAAAUGGCCUUAACGUCAAUCAAGUAAUAGCCCACCCUGUCCUUGCCCUGUGCCCUUCAUGAAUUCCUGUACAGAUGCCUUUCUUUUGUCCUUUGUCCAUGUUUUCUGAUCCUGUCAAUAAAGAAGCUUCAGUUUCAGGCUGUCUUUAUGAGGCUCUCAUCCUGAGGAGGGUGGGAACUCUGUUAAGGGCAGUCCCUCUGGGCCUUCUUAAGAGUUUGAAUUGGACAUUGACUGAGUAACCUCUCAUCCACUGUGGUGUGCCAGGGUUGUGAACUGCACUACAGAAAUCCCAGUAUAUGCAUGCCUGGUUUUGAAAAAAAAAAGCAGCAUGGGAGAAGAGCCUGCUAAUAGAAAGCUGCUUAUGUCAUGGCAGCCAAGAAGCAGGGAGCCAGGGAGAGAGAUAUACCUUUCCAUGUCACACUGUAGUGAUUCCCCUCUUUGGUCAGGCCUCACUUCCCAACAGGAUACUCAGCCACUAAACUCAGUGGUGUAUGAAUUUACUCAUAAGUACAGUGCCACAUUGUAGAUGAUGACUUGGGCACCUCUCUUUACCAAACAAUUGCUGCAACAUUUGUUAGAGUCCUAUUUCUGUAUACUGAUAUAUACAGAGCAGGUAUGCUGUUUCCUUCUCCCUUCAAUUGGCUCUAAGCAAUGCAAAUAAGGUUAGCAAAGGUACUGAUAUGUAAUCCUUGAAGCCAGCCUGACAGUUUCCUGUUUCCUGUUUCCAGCAUAGUGCUGUCUGUAAAAGAUUGAGCACAGCAAGAUGGCAGAGCCACUCAAACCCAGGAAUGUCAGUUGGGUGCAAGCCUCAAAGUAAGAGGCUAUGACUUCCUAGGGCACAAAAGUUUACAUAUCAGAAACUAAAGCAACAGCCUCCUAAAACCAUUCCAAUGCUACCCCAAUUGUGUUAUGUAGACUGAUCCUUCUGCGUAUCAUUCUCCUUAUAUAUUGCAAUGAUGCUUUUCUCCCCACCAGCCAAGCUACUCACAUAGUUCCCACUAUCCUCACUGUCACGCAUCCUUGAACCACUCCCUUCUUCACAAGAUAAUAAAUUCUAGGAGAGACCUUGGAGCAAGGUCUUUGUCCUUAUAUCCUCCCUUGGAUCAGACUUAGGACCCUCUGGCUGCCCAUAACUUUGAAUAUGUCUUAGUGUCUUUACACUCACCAUGGGUUGCGUUGGAGGGAGUAGAUUGGAAUUAACCUGCUAGAAUUCCAAUGUUUCUAUGGGAUUAUAAAUAUAACAUUCUGGAUUACAAGGUGGAUUGGAAAAAGGAUUACAAUAUUUGGAUUACAAUAUACAGUAUUUGGAUUACAAUAUAAAAUACUGGGUUUUUUCAAUACCCAUGAUCCAGCCAUCUAUGGAGGGACAUUCUGGAUCUAAACCAUAUCACUCGUGGAGCGCUGUGGGUGCCUUGGCCCCAUCCUAGACAACUCCAGAAACUGAGAGACAGGAGGAGGCUGCUGGAGGUCUUCAGAUGACUACCCACUGCCUUUCUAGAAGAAGGCAGUCAUCAGGGUGGCCCUGGAAAAGCUGUGACCCUUCCCCUAGGUUAAUGACAUAUGGUGCUCACUCACAGCCCUGGGGAGCCUUCCUGGCAUACACCUAGCAGGACAAAGCCCCACCAUCCUUCUCCCAUGCUUCUUCAGGACUGUCCCUGUUGCCUUUGUUAGCUCCCUCCAUCCAGCCACAUAUAGACUCAGGAAUGGGGCAGUGGAAAACUCCAAAGCCAAGGGUUUUUAUUAGGGGUCAAAAGCUGCUUGCUCACAAACAGUGUCAGGAAGCUCCAUUCCAUAGCUCUGAGGGGAGGCUCCAUGGGACCCCCCAACCCACCCUUCUGGAGUGGGCAUCAUAAGGCAUUUCACACGUUGGUGUUUUCACUUUUGUUUUUUGUUUUUGU